GCGCUUUUGCCUCUCAUUUCCGAGCAGUCUGCAGCCCUCACCGGCUGAUGCGUGCAGGAAAAGUGACAUGCAAGCAGGAAUGAAGCGGCAGAGGUCGUAGACGAGCUGCGGCUCCGACGCGCACGCAGAUCGGGCAGGUUCAGCGCGGCGGUCUGGUAAGAACUGAAACAAACAUGAAAUCCAGGAGUCAGGAGCAGAGUUUGUCUGACUCCAGAGAGCUGGACAGAUCCUACGACCCGCUCACAGGUAAUCCGCCAUCCAAACCCAAUAAAAAGACCAUAAAGCAGCGGUUCCUCAAACUGCUGCCCUGCUAUCGCUCUGGCUCCAGCUCUUCGUCUGAUCAAAGAAGUCUCUCUGACGAGGCUAAACUGUCGGCGGUGUGUUACAGGCCAGAGGGGCUCGACCAUCUCGUCCAGCAGACCAGCUUCAGCAAGAAAGAGCUGCAGGUCCUCUACCGGGGAUUCAAGAACGAGUGUCCCAGUGGUGUGGUGAAUGAAGAGACUUUCAAAAGCAUCUACUCCCAGUUCUUCCCUCAGGGAGAUUCGAGCAUGUACGCGCAUUUCCUGUUUGAUGCUUUUGACACCAACAACAACGGAUCGGUCAGCUUUGAGGACUUUGUUGUAAGCCUGUCCAUCAUCUUGAGAGGCUCCAUCACCGAUAAACUCAACUGGGCUUUUAAUCUGUACGAUCUCAACAAAGACGGCUGCAUCACCAGAGAGGAGAUGACAGACAUCAUGCACUCCAUCUAUGACAUGAUGGGGAAGUACACCUACCCCAACAUGCAGGACAGUGCUCCCAAGGAGCAUGUUGACAACUUCUUCCAGAAAAUGGACAGGAACAAUGACGGAGUGGUCACCAUCGAGGAGUUCUUGGAGACAUGCCAAAAGGAUGAAAACAUCAUGCAGUCCAUGCACAUGUUCGACAAUGUGAUCUAAGGCUUUGGUGAGACCUUCCCUCCUGCCUGGAGCUCAUCUACAGUCUUCAGCCUCCAGCCGGAGCGGGUGGUGUUUCUGGGCCUGAACAGAGUGGUGCAGGGUCCAAAUGACAACCCAAGGAUAUUUAUCCCAAAACCUGUGAACCCUUGUGAUUUUUUUUUAAUCAAAAGUGCAGAGAAAAGCAUUAAAAGGUGGAUUUUUGAAGAUGUAUUAUGAUUGAAUGAUCUGUGCAAAUGGAUUUGAACAAACACAUUUAACGCUGUAGAGAAGCAGCUCAAUAACAAUAAGCAUUGAUGAGCAAAUGGCUCUAAAAGCAACAUGUACUGCCUUGGCCUCUUCACUCAUACAAAGGAUGAUUAUCAUUAUAUUUUCUAUAUUGCAUGAAUGAAUGUGCAGACACCUGGAAUUAAUUGAAUUAUGCUGAAACUGUUGUAGAGUAUCACACACUUUCUGUGCUCACAGUUGUGCUCCAAUGAGGGACGCUCUGAUAAAGGGAUGACGUUUGAAUUCAAGCAAUAAUCUUAUAGAAAGAUGUUAUCAAAUCUUCUCUGUCCCCCACUCACAUUUAGUGUUGUGCUGUGUACUGUGUCUGCAUGACGUGUCUGUUUUGACAGGCUAUUGAAAGUGUUAGUAUAUUUUAUAUAUGGACAUGGUGAUGAUGAUGAUGAUGAUGAUGAAACUCAA